AUGAAGCUACGCUCAUUGUUAAGUACAAAACGUGACCAGAUCUCUACUUUGCGUACAGUGUUGAAGUCUAACAAAUUGACAGCUGAGUCGGCUCUGGCGUCGCUGCGGGAUAAAUACGAAGCCGAUAAGAAGGCCCAUCAGGAAAUCAGCGAGCGUAUGCGACGUGAGCUGAAACAGCUCAAAGAGGAUGCGGCCACUUUUGCCAGCCAUCGUGCUAUGUUCACAGCUCGUUGCGAAGAGUUGCAAGCUCAGGUAGAAGAGCUAGAGGCUGAUCAGCGCAAUAGCGAGGAGGAGAAGAAGACCCUCAACCAGCUUCUUCGUUUGGCUAUCCAGCAGAAACUUACGCUUACUCAGCGUUUGGAAGACGUGGAAGUUGACCGCGAUCGCCAAGCUUUGAGACAAGGCGGUAGCAAACGCCAGGGUGGACAAGCCAGAGGCGAAGGCUUUCAACCUCGAGUUGUGCGCUACCCAACCCAGCAACAGUCGGGGGGCCAACGAGGAGGAGUUCGCAGGGACAACCUUUAG